AUGUCCGGCGAAACAAAUGAGCGCCUCGAUAAAUCACCCGACCCCGCUGAAAUAAUUGGAAAUGAGGGACCCCUGCCCCCUCCGCUGUGUCGAUCGAUCGCGGAUGAUUUCGACUUCCCGUCGCGGCGAGAUGGAGGAGUGAUAACCGUGCUCGGUGCUGUGUACACCGAAUGGGACGUAGGUCGUAAACGCGUGUCGAGCAUCUUACAA